AUGAUUUUGCAGUUGUUGGAGAUGUUGAUGAAUAAUAUUGGCGAACCCAUUCAUAAGCAGGUGAUUGAUGUAGGGCUCCUCCCCAUACUUGUCAAGAUAGUGAAGAAAAAGUCAGACCUGCCUGUACGAGAGAAGAUAUUUCUUCUUCUAGAUGCCACACAGACAUCUCUUGGUGGAGCUUCUGGGAGUUUCCCUCAGUAUUACUCUGCAUACUAUGAUCUGGUGGUAGGUACAGCUUCAACUGUGUUUUAUUGA